AUGAUCGCGUCGUGCCUGUGUUACCUGCUGCUGCCGGCCGCGCGCCUCUUCCGCGCCCUCUCAGAUGCUUUCUUCACAUGUCGAAAAAAUGCCCUCUUGGCGAAGAGCUCGUCCACCCAGGUAGAGGGCGACUUUGCCAUGGCCCCUCGGGGCCCUGACCAGGAGGAGUGUGAGGGCCUGCUACAGCAGUGGCGAGAAGAAGGGUCGAGCCAGGCGCUCUCAACUUCGAGUGAGGGUCCCCUUGUAGAUAAGGGACUAGCCCAGAGCAGCCUGGCGCUCCUGAUGGAUAAUCCCGGAGAACAGGAUGCUGCUUCAGAGGACAAGUGGUCCAGCAGGCAGCUGAGUGACCUGCGGGCAGCAGAGAACCUGGAGGAGCCUUUCCCCGAGGUGCUAGGAGAGGAGCCACUGCCAGAGGUCGAGGGCCCAAUGUGGGCAGCUGUCCCCAUGCAGACUGGCCCCCAGUAUGCAGACUGUGCUGUCCUCCCAAUGGGUGCCCUGGCUGCAGAGCAGUGGGAAGAGGACCCCGCAGUGGUGGCCUGGAGCAUAGCACCCGAGCCUAUGCCCCAGGAAGAGGCUCCCAUCUGGCCUUUUGAUGGCCUGGGGCAGUUGCAGCCUCCCUCAAUGGAAAUCCCAUAUCAUGAAAUCUUGUGGAGAGAAUGGGAGGAUUUCUCCGCUCAGCCAGAUGCUCAGGGCCUGGAGGCGGGGGAUGGCCCUCAGUUCCAGUUCACUCUGAUGUCCUAUAACAUCCUGGCCCAGGACCUGAUGCAGCAGAGCUCAGAGCUCUAUCUGCAUUGCCAUCCGGAUAUCCUCAAUUGGAACUAUCGCUUUGCGAAUCUCCUGCAGGAAUUCCAGCACUGGGACCCCGAUAUCCUGUGUCUCCAGGAAGUCCAGGAAGAUCAUUACUGGGAGCAGCUGGAGCCUUCUCUGCGAAUGAUGGGUUUUACCUGUUUCUACAAGAGGAGGACCGGGUGUAAGACAGAUGGCUGUGCUGUCUGCUACAAGCCCACGAGAUUCCGUCUGCUCUGUGCCAGCCCUGUGGAGUACUUCCGGCCGGGCUUGGAGCUCCUCAAUCGGGACAACGUGGGCUUAGUGUUGCUGCUGCAGCCACUAGUCCCAGAAGGCCUGGGGCAAGUGUCGGUGGCCCCCCUCUGUGUGGCAAAUACUCAUGUCCUAUACAACCCACGCCGGGGUGAUGUCAAGCUGGCCCAGAUGGCCAUUCUCUUGGCCGAAGUGGACAAAGUAGCCAGGUUGUCUGAUGGCAGCCAUUGCCCCAUCAUCUUGUGUGGGGACCUGAAUUCUGUCCCUAAUUCACCUCUCUACAACUUCAUCAGGGAUGGAGAGCUCCAGUACCAUGGGAUGCCAGCCUGGAAGGUGUCUGGACAGGAAGACUUCUCCCAUCAGCUUUACCAGAGGAAACUGCAGGCCCCACUCUGGCCCAGCUCCCUGGGCAUCACUGACUGCUGUCAGUACUUCACCUCCUGUCACCCCAAGAGAGCAGAGAGACUAAAGUAUAGCCGAGACUUCCUGCUGCGAUUCCGUUUCUGUGACAUCGCCUGUCAGCGACCAGUAGGACUGGUUCUUAUGGAAGGAGUGACAGAUACUAAGCCAGAGCGGCAUGCUGGCUGGGCCCAGUCUGUCCUUGAGGAAGACACUUUGGAGCCUGAGCCUGUCUUCCCCAGGACUGUGGGCACCAUCCAGCACUGCCUUCACCUGACCUCAGUAUAUACUCAUUUCCUGCCCCAGCAUGGCCGCCCAGAGGUCACCACAAUGCCCUUGGGUCUUGGAACGACAGUGGAUUACAUCUUCUUCUCAGCUGAGUCCUGCGAGAAUGGGAACAGAACUGAUCGCAGGCUGUAUCAAGAUGGGACUCUCAAGCUUCUGGGCCGUCUCUCCCUCCUCUCUGAAGAGAUUCUCUGGGCUGCCAACGGCUUACCCAACCCCUUCUGCUCUUCAGACCACCUCUGCCUGCUGGCCAGCUUUGGGAUGGAAGUCACCGCCCCAUGAUGGGGCUCCCAGGGGAAGAGAGCUUCUCUUCCAGAAGAGCUCACUGGAUCAGAGACUGUGGAAAUACCCCAUGCUUCUGGAAACUUAGAUCCAAGAAACUUACGUCCCCUCUUCUCCUCUCCCCUUCCCCAAUUCCCUUUUCCCAUGGUUAGAUUUUCUCCAGGCCUGUCCAUGUUCUCUGCCUGUGGUCCCUGCCCCGCCCCAACCUCUUCCUAAUCCUGUGCCACAUACUCAGUGGCCCUGGGAGAGGCCAAAGCGGGGGGGGGGGUUCCCCUUUCCUUCCAUGUAUCCAGCGCUCCCCCUUAAUUUUUAAUUACCAGGGUUGUGGGAGCUAUUGAUCUCACUGGUUAUUUGCUUUCAGGCCGUUUCUUGAUGGUAUCUUCUAACCCAAUCUUCUUUCUGCUUUCA